AGUAUACACAAUAGCAGACACAAUUUCAACCGAAGAAGAAGAAGAAUUGUUGACAGAGGACAGGGCGAAGAAGAAUCAUAGGCGCUCAGCAAUGGCGAAAAAUACGUAAACAAACCACAGCUAAAUUUAACGGACUCACUUACACCGUUACAGGACAAAUUUUGUGGACAUCUACCUGGAGUGUAGGAGACACUCGUGUCUUCAGCUGCGUCUCUCGGGCGAGUCUCUCAAAAGAGACAAAAUCACCAGACGAAACGGGUCCUUUCAUUGUUCAACACUGAUCUAAUUUUCUUUGUAAAAUCCCGGGCUCUGUUCGUUGACAACGACGAUGCCGUUGGGUUUGAAACCUUGCUGUGCUGUUUGCAAGACGAACUCGUCGUCCAUGUGGAAAAAAGGAAACCAGGGAGAAAUUUUGUGCAACAACUGCACAGGAAAGAGUAGCAGCAGCGGAGGAGCAGGGGGAGGUGGAGGAGGUUCAGUAAGCGCUGUAAUGUCCUCCAGCUCACAGCCCAGCAAUGGCGGACCUAAACAGACCAAGCAGGAGAUUCAUCGGAGGUCAGCACGGCUGAGGAGUACCAAGUACAAAGCUCCUGCGUCAGAAAAGAAAGUGUCUACAAAGGGAAAGGGCAGAAGACACAUAUUCAAACUAAAAAAUCCAAUCAAAGCGCCAGAAUCUGUUGCAACAAUCAUCACUUCAGAAUCUGUGUUUCAUAAGGGUGUUUACUACCAAACAGGAGAUGUAAUCAAAGUCACAGAUGAAGACGAUGGAAAAUCGUACUACGCACAAAUUCGUGGCUUUGUUCAGGACCAGUAUUGUGAAAAGAGUGCAGCACUGACCUGGUUAAUUCCCACACAAGCUAGUCCAAAGGACCAGUUUGAUCCUGGAACAUAUAUUGUUGGUCCAGAGGAGGAUCUUCCCCGGAAAAUGGAGUAUCUGGAGUUUGUGUGCCACGCUCCCUCUGAAUAUUUCAAGUCAAGGAGCUCUCCAUUCCCAACCAUCCCCAUCCGACCGGAAAAGGGUUACAUAUGGACCCACAUAGGACCCACACCAGCUGUUACCAUCAAAGAAUCAGCAUGUGGCAGCAGUUAGCAGUAUUUUAUUGUGGACUUGUUAUGUUAUUUUUAACAGAUUUGUGUAUAUUUAUGUACCAUAAGAAAAAGAAUGAAUAGAGUGAAUUGUGGUUUGAAACAAAUGGAAGAAAACUGUUGUUCACACUGCAGCAUUGCAGUAUUACUUUUGUAUUUGGUAAUAAACCAAAAAAACUUA